CCUGUCCCGCACCUCCCCCUUCUUUCUCACCAAACCAACAACGCACCAAGCCCCGCCGCUCCCAGGACCCCGCCGCCCCGUGCCGUCGAGGAAAAUCCGCGAUGCGCAAGUGGUCGCACGGCCUCGCGCCCGCCUCCGUCGUACUGCUCGCCGCGCUCACGGUGGCCGGGCUGCGGCCGGCGACGGCGCACGCGCACGGGCGGCCGCCGCUCCGGUUCGGGCCGGCAGGAGUGUUCAAGGUGGCCCUGUUCGCAGACCUGCAUUACGGCGAGAACGCGUGGACGGACUGGGGCCCCGCGCAGGACGCCAAGUCCGACCGCGUCAUGGCCGCCGUCCUCGACGCCGAGAACCCAGACUUCGUGGUGUACCUCGGCGACCUGGUGACGGCGAACAACCUCCCGAUCCCCAACGCGAGCCUGUACUGGGACCGCGCCAUCUCGGCCUCCCGAAGCCGGGGCGUCCCGUGGGCGACGGUGUUCGGCAACCACGACGACAUGCCCUUCGAGUGGCCGCCCGAGUGGUUCUCCCCCGACGGCGUCCCUCCGCUGCGCUGCCCCGCCAGCCCACCGCCGAGCACGCCGGACUCAGGAUGCAGCUUCCGAGGGACUCCCCGGACCGACCUCAUGGCGGCGGAGACCGGCGCCAACAGUCGGCUGUCCUACUCGUCCAGCGGGCCCAGGGAGCUGUGGCCCGGCGUCUCCAACUACGUCCUGCAGGUGCUCUCGCGACGACGACGAACCCGCGCCGGCGACGAUCACGACCCAGCUCUGCUCAUGUACUUCCUCGAUUCGGGCGGCGGGUCGUACACCGAAGUGGUGUCCAGCGCUCAGGUCAAGUGGUUCCACAGCCAGUCUCAGUUCCUCAAUCCAAAUGGAAGGAUCCCUGAGCUCAUCUUUUGGCAUAUACCAAGCACGGCGUACGUGAAGGUAGGUCCAAAAGCCAAGUCAGAGAUAAGGAAGCCCUGCGUUGGCUCCAUCAACAAGGAGGAAGUGGCGCCACAGGCAGCUGAAUGGGGCAUCAUGGAUGCACUCGCCAAGAGGCCGUCAGUUAAGGCAGUGUUUGUUGGCCAUAACCACGGGCUGGACUGGUGCUGCCCGUACCAGGAGCUGUGGCUGUGCUUCGCACGGCACACUGGGUACGGGGGAUACGGUGGCUGGCCCAAAGGAGCGAGGAUCAUUGAGGUCACGGAGGAUCCAUUCUCGGCAGUGUCAUGGAUACGGAUGGAGAACGGGAGCAGGCACAGCCAUGUUACGCUCAGCUCCUGAAUCCAUCCAUCUACCUGGGCGUCGGCUUGUUGUACAGAGAAGAUUUAUUUUUUUUCUUUUUUCCCUUAAAACAAGAGCACCACAGGAUCGAGGUGCUAUUUAAUGUAAAAAAAUUGCACAGCAUGGACCCUGGCCUUUCUAUAAUACUAGCAAAUGUACCCUCGCGAUGCAACGGAAUAAAAAAGUGUUACAUAACUA